AGGGCUUCAGUGGGCGUGUCCGUGCGUUUACGUACGUGACGUAAAAUCAAGUAUCGCGGAAGUAAGAGGGCACGACCUGAGUAGAUUAUUCUCGUGUAAAACUGGCCAGGGACGACAGCGGAACCUCAAGAUCGUGCAGAGAUGAAUCGAGUGAGGGGUGUGUUCAACAAUUUUAUGCACAGUGAGCGGUACAGUCGUUUCACACUGCAGACGGAGCAGGAUGGAGAGAGGAGGGUGGAGGUGAAGCUGUCGGAGGAGGGGGUGGAUGGAGACGCAGAGGACGGGGCCGGGGGCUCUCCCACAUUCAGACCAGCCCUGCGGGGACAGAGCAAGAGGAGCCUCUGCCUCCAGCUCACAGCCAUUGUACUCAUCUUUAUCAUUGGUUACAUGGUGGCCUUCCUGAUACACGGUAAACCCAAAGCAACACCAAACUGUGAGGCUAAGGUGUUUGUGAAGAACAAGAGGUUUGAUGUUCCACCUGAACCACAGCAGCAGCUGACCUGGGCCGACAUCACAGGCCUCCUGGAGAACAAACUCACCAGCCAGGCCUUUGACAAAACCCUGAGUGAUUUUGACCGUCCCUCACGUUUAGCGGGCAGUGCCGACGACACUAAUCUGGGAAACAAAAUCUUUGAAAUGUUCAAGGAGCUUGAGAUGAAGCCCUGGACUGAUGUCCAUCAUGUUCGAGUGCAGACUCCAGACAGCACAAAACCAAACCAGGUCAUUUUUGGAUUAAAUGUCUUCAAACCACAGGGAUAUCUGGCCUACAGCGGCACCGGGAAGGCUCAGGGCCCGCUGGUCUAUGCCAACUACGGUCGUCCUGAAGAUUUUGCUGUUUUGUCAAAUUACAAAAUUGAUGUCAAAAACUGUGUGGUGAUACUGAGAAGUGGGAAAAUCAGCUUUGCUCAAAAGGUGGCUAAUGCUGAAGAAAAAGGCGCAGUAGCUGUUCUCAUCUAUUCAGACAGCCAGGACUACAAUUACGUCCCUAACACUGAAGUUUAUGGACAUGUGCAUUUGGGUUCAGGGGAUCCGUACACUCCUGGUUUUCCUUCAUUCAACAACACUCAGUUUCCUCCCACUAAAUCUGCUGGACUCCCCAACAUCCCAGCACAGACCAUCACCUCCACUAUGGCUCAGACUAUUUUACAAUCCAUUGGUGGGCCUGUCCCUGAUAGAGACACUGGUUUUCUUGGUGGUCAGGCUUCUCUGUCCUAUUCUCUUGGAGGCAUUGAAAACAUCACAGUUGAAGUUUCCAAUACUCUGGUCUUCAAAGAAAUCCACAAUGUUUUUGGUGUCAUCAAAGGGUUCAUUGAUCCUGAUCGUUAUGUUGUCCUGGGUGCUCAGAGAGAUGCCUGGGCUAAUGGAUACGCCAGCGCCAAUGUAGGGACCUCCACUCUGAUCGAGCUUGCCAAGGUUAUUCGGGACAUGGUGGAGAAGGAUGGAUUUAAAGCUCGAAGAAGCAUUGUUUUUGCUAGUUGGAGCGCUGGAGAGUACGGCAGUAUUGGUGCUACUGAAUGGCUUGAGGCUUACACUGCCUCACUUGACAAAAGUGUCUUAGCCUACAUUAGUUUGGAUGGGAUUGUCCAAGGUCAUGGGAGCUUUUAUGCCUCGGCCAGCCCUCUUCUCCAAAAUAUUCUUGACAACGCCAUGAAAACGGUGAAGAGUCCCACCGGUAACGGCACAGUGCGCGAUAUGGUGGGGAAGACCAACCCGAUGCGUCCCAUGUCUAUUGAUGACCCAGCUUAUCCUUUCCUGGCCUCCUCUGGGAUCCCCUCCAUCUCCUUCCACUUCACAUCUUCAAAUAGUGACGAGUACGAGUACUACAACACUUUUCUGGAUACCAAGGACCACCUGGAUUAUAAAACGGCCCAUAAGACCUCGUCCUCCGCUGCUGUUGCUGCUCAGCUCGCCGCUCAAAUGGCCCUGAGGCUGGUUCAUGAUCAUGUGCUCGGCUUUGACGUCACCGCCUACAAAAAUCUCUUCAACGCAAACGUGCACCGUGUCAACAAUCACAUCUAUGGACUUAUCCAGUCUGGGCAGCUGAAGGACGUGAGUGUUAACUGGCUGUAUCGGGCUAAAGCGUCAUUCCAACGCGCGGCCGACGCCAUCGACAACGACAUCAGAAACACCGAUCUGAACGACCCAGAGGCCUGCAGGCUGCUCAACGACAGGAUCAUGACGAUCGAACACUCCCUCCUCUCCCCUUACGCCUCUCCCAUUGAGACUCCCUACCGCCACAUGGUGUUCGGAAAGGGCCCUCACACUCUGGCUGCUAUCGCUGAGAUGACAAACAUGACCCAACUGCACACUGAGCUGGCUCUGGCCACCUGGAACCUGCAGGCCUGUGCUAACGCUAUGGUCGGAGAUCUGUGGGAGCUUGACAAUGAAAUCUAAUGUGACUGCUGUUUGGGUCUAAGAGCGAACUACUAUGAGCUUUGAUGCUUAUGAUGGUCCAUUAUUUUCAGCAACCACAAGCAAUAACUUAAUCUGAUGACAAAGUAAGAUGCACUCUAACUUUUUUGCUGGAUUGUCUGCCACCUGCUUGGCUCCAAGGAGUUGUUAUAGCUAUGCCUGGAAUGUUUUACAGCAUGGCAUUUGGCAUUAUUUAAGACCAGUCUUGUAUUUGUCCAAGUGCAGGUGUUUUUGUUGUUCAAAGAUGCCUUGAAAAACAGAAUAUAAUCACCUCUAUAGAAACCAGCAACCACGCCAAGUUUACUAAUGUGGGACAUUCAAACGAUUACCUCUCCAUCGAGACAAGCAGGUGAUGGACCUUCCACCAGAAAAGUUACAUAGUGCACCGUUUAAAGAUAACAUUCACUUGAAAUCUUAAAACUACAAUACAGACACUUGAUUUUAUAAUUUAAAUUGUACAAGAUGAGCAGUCAAAAAGCCUUUGCAGGUGAACUCUUGUGUUCACGCUCUCAAGUCCUUUAUAUUUAAGUUGCUUUAUCAGUGGCAGUGUUCACUAUAAAGAUUUGUCUUUUUUGACAUUAUCGGAAGCAGUGCCUUCCAUAAUUAUGACGGUUAUACUGUCGCAUUCUACGGCAGCAUCUGCUACACUCGAGUGGUCAUCAUGCCAACAGUCUUAUGGCAGAUGAAGGUUACUCAAUUGAAAAGUAUACAGUGAUAUUGUUUGAUCUUGAAAUCCUGAUUACAUGGCAGUUACAAAUGUGCUAGCUAGACUAUAAGUGGUACACAAAAUGUCCUAAAUGUCUGCCAGAAAUGCCUCUUUAUAAAUGUGUUAAAAUGGUUAAAGAAAAAAAACUUAUUGGGUAAAAUGAUUGAAAAAUGAAAACAAGUUGAACAAUAUUUAAUGUAUUUAAUAUUUAUGAUGCGAAAGACUGCUAAAACAUGAUACAAAAUGUUGCCAAUGGUUACCAAAUCUCCCUUUAUGGCACUCCAGAAGUUACAGGUUGGUUGCGUAACAUGACAUUUUUGUUGCACAGCAUUUUGGAGCAGUUUAAAGUUAUCGGGAGCAGUGCCUUCCAUACUUGAACCAUUAUCGGGAGCAGUGUCUCCCAUAAUGAAAUGCAGUGAUGGUAGUUUUUGUCUACCAGUGUUUGUGUGUGUUUUUUAUUUUUGUUGUGUGAAUGUAAAAUUGUGUAUUUAUCGGGAGCAGUGCCUCUCAUAUUUCACUGAAGGGUGGAACAACUUAUCGGGGACAGUGUUUCCCCAGGGUUUUAUACUUGAUCUAUUUAUUUUUGGGGGCUUUGUUUUGAUUCAAAUUGUGUGUGUGUCUUUGCAUAUUAGUUGUCAAAGGCCAUUUUCUUUGAAGCAAGAUUUCAUUAUUUUGGCUAUAAGUAGUGCCACAAUGUUCAAAUCACAUUUUAAUAACUCUACACUGAUCCAGACUGACAUGUACCUCAAAGCUUAAAUCUUGCUUCACGGAAUAAGCCUUAGACCUCUAAAAUAUCCACUUUCUUUUCCUUACGUUACUCUUGCAAAGCUUUCGUCAUAGGCCAUCCAUUUUGUACCAACCCAUUCUCCAACACUGGAUUUCAAUGCACUGUAAUCAAGAUACUGUAGUUGCCUGCUUUAGUUGAACUCGCAUUGUGCUCAUAGGCUUCAAAUAGGUCAAAAUUCUCCUUUCCUUGUGCUCCUGUUACAUUUUACUCUCUACUGCUUGGCUUAACCUGUUCUGGUUUGUUGCUGUUACUACAUUGUUCAUAAUAUGUAGACGGAUGAAUUGCAUUAACCUAUUCAUCCAUUUUGUUUGUCAGCCUCUUCUUGAAAUGUACAAGUUCUGUUCACAUCCUGCUGAAAACUGAAUAAACACUUUUGCUUCUCAUG